GGCAGCAUUAUUUCCGGGACGCAGCGUUGGGGGAGGACGGAGCAAGGAGGGCAGCGGACUCCCUCCCGAGCGCGGGGCCAGGCGUCCUGCAGCGCGGCCGGGGCUGCGGCUCCGCCCCGUGGGGGCGGGGGCGGGGCAGGAAGGAGCGAGGCCGGGCCGGGAGCCGCGCACCCAGGAGCCGGCCGCGCCAUGGCUGCGCGCAACCCGGGCACCGAGCUGGACCUUAGCUGGAUCUCCAAAAUACAAGUGAAUCAACCGGCAGUUCUGAGGCGUGCCCAACAAAUCCAGGCUCGGAGAACCGUGAAAAAGGAGUGGCAAGCUGCUUGGCUUCUGAAAGCUGUUACCUUUAUAGAUCUUACUACACUUUCAGGCGAUGAUACAUCUUCCAACAUUCAAAGGCUCUGCUAUAAAGCCAAGUAUCCAGUCCAGGAAGAUCUCUUAAGAGCUUUAAAUAUGCACAAUGAAGGCAUCACUACAGCUGCUGUUUGUGUUUACCCUGCCCGGGUGCAUGAAGCAGUAAGAUCACUGAAGGCUGCUCGCUGUAGCAUCCCGGUGGCAUCAGUGGCCACUGGCUUUCCAGCUGGACAGACUCAUUUAAAAACACGAUUGGAAGAGAUAAGAUUGGCUGUGGAAGAUGGAGCUAUGGAAAUUGAUACAGUGAUUAACAGGACCCUGGUGCUGACAGGCCAGUGGGAAGCCCUGUAUGAUGAGAUUCGUCAGUUUCGCAAGGCCUGUGGGGAGGCACAUCUCAAGACCAUCUUAGCAACAGGAGAACUUGGAUCUCUUACUAAUGUCUAUAAAGCCAGUAUGAUAGCAAUGAUGGCAGGAUCAGAUUUUAUUAAGACCUCUACUGGAAAAGAAACAGUAAAUGCCACCUUCCCGGUGGCUAUAGUAAUGCUACGGGCCAUUAGAGAUUUCUUCUGGAAAACUGGAAACAAGGUAGGCUUUAAACCGGCAGGAGGCAUCCGCAGCGCGAAGGACUCCCUUGCUUGGCUGUCUCUCGUAAAGGAGGAGCUAGGAGAUGAGUGGCUGAAACCAGAGCUCUUCCGAAUAGGUGCCAGCACUCUGCUUAUGGACAUCGAGAGGCAGAUUUACCACCACGUGACUGGGAGAUACGCAGCUUAUCAUGAUCUUCCAAUGUCUUAAAUCAGCGACCAAUUCCAGGAAAGUCCCUUACAACAACGUUUAAAAUUUAUUUUUCUACGUAAUUGCUAAAACCAUUUAAUUAAAGUAUGGGGGAAUAGGUAACUGGCUUUUUUUCCCUUAAAAUUUCCAUUGAAUUUAAUUCAAAGAAUGAAAAGAAAAACCCAACUAAUCCAUACAUGGUAUUCAUUUUAGGCACAUCUGAAAUGGUCUUAAUUGCUCGAAGGUCUGCAUUGUUACUGUGAAGGUUUCCUCUUAAAAACUCCUAGUAAAAUAUUAAUGAUAGCUUUGACAACGUUAAAUUUCAGGAGAAAAAAAGAAAAAGUUAAACUGCCCAAGAAACGUGUUCUAGCAAAAAAAUGCAGCAUCUCUGAACAUCCCUGACUCUAAUGACUGCAGGAAUCGCUGACUUGGUACUAAUUUCCUGCCAUGAAAAUCUGUCUUUAAUUUUUACAGCAGAUAUGCUCUUUUAUUAAUUGUUUUGCUAAUGAAAUUUCUGUCAUUGUUAUAUGAAACUAUGGACAGCAUUGAAUUUUUUAAUUAAUGAAAUCCCUGUAGUUGAUUUUUUUAAGCUUUAAAUUGUAACCAAUAUAUAUUGAAAAAUUAAUCCAUUAAACAUACAAAGGAGUUUUAUCAAUGAC